CAAGAUCCUCGUCCUCUCCUUAUGCGCGAAAGGGUCAUUCAAGUGUUUUAUCAAAUUUGGACAACUAUCGUUGGAGCAGAUUUGCCUGCUUAUCUAUCUGACAAGCUUCGGGUUGCAUGAAAUUGUUGGCAACCAAACAGGUGAUCUUCUGCGGGCGAACAUACACUGGAAAUAACCUUAUACGCUUGGACAAUGAUUGCAGUGCAAGAUAACAUGUUGACUUCGAAACAUUGGUAACAAGUUUGCAGGAUACAAGAUCGUGGAAAAAACACCUUGCUUAAAUUUAACUUCCCAGUCCUCAUUCCAAGCGCUCUCAAAGGAGAGACAGCAUCUUCGAACGGACCCACCAAUAUUUUACCAUAAAGUGGUGUCGCUUUCCAAUUUAUUCUGAAUUUAAGCAAAUACAUGAAAUAGCCGAUAUAGGAAACGUUGGUUUGAAAUAUAUUUUAAAUGUUCGGGAUCCAGGAGCACCUUAUAAGGGAAGUUAGCGGAUUAAAAGACAGAACUCUCGGUGAAGGGAUGGAUUCGGUCCGGUCUUGGGUUCGUAAUGUCGGAGUUGUGGAUGCUAACGUAGCGGCUCAAAGUGGAGUAGCUCUCUCCAGGGCACACUUUGAGAAGCAACCCCCGUCAAACCUCCGCAAGUCCAACUUCUUCCACUACGUCCUGGCCCUCUACGACAGACACGGCCAACCCGUGGAGGUGGAGAGGACCGCCUUCGUGGACUUUGUAGAGCACGACAAGACAAGACAAGAGGACACUGUGCUGUCAACAGAGUUCAACUGCUCUUCAGAUAUACAGUGA